CCCCCCCCGCUGUAAUAUUUCUAACGCACUUCCUUUACCGGUGGUUGCUUGCGUGCACUAAGCUCGAAGCAGCCAGCAGCCAGCAGCCAGCAGCAGCAGUGGAAGAAGCAAAACAUCCGAGCAAAGGAUUUCGCGUCAAGCUGAGACUAGGAGCACAACGUGCUUGCCCGCCCCCACCCCCCCCCCCCCCCCCCCCCCACGGCAUAGUGUCAUGAGAGUGUUGGGAACGCCAGAAGCUUGCCCCACCCAUAGAUAAGCGGGGUAGUUUUAAAUAUAUAUUUUUUUAUUACCGACCGUUUUUAUUUUUCUCCACCAUCACCUCGACCUGCCGCGGUUCACGCCGGCUUGAGCUGGCCCGUCUUCCGUAAAGCAACAAAAGUAACUCCUUUCUUUUCCUUGGCUUCCGAGAGAGCGCCCAAAUUCACCGCACCAGCGCGACACCCCCCCCGCCCGCCUCUCGAGAACUGUCGCAGCUCCCCCCCCUGCCCAGCACCACCCGGCCGUGCGCUCGUCUCCCGGUGCACCAAGAAGACCAGCUGUGCUGAACCCCUCUAUUCAGAGCAUAACCGACCUGACGAGACCCCCAAGCCAAGGGCCAUGUUAUCCUCACCGGCUGUGGUGCUCCAUCACUACGGCAUACCAGUGUUCGCUCAGUCCGCGCAGUGCUAUGCCGCAGCCGGGGUGAUUCAGGGCAACCAGGAACCCACGGCCCCUCCGGAAGCCAUGGCCCAGCCUUACGGCGCCACGGCAGGGCAGUACGCGCCGCCGCAGAACGGCCUCCCCGCGGAGUACGCGCCGCCGCCGCCGCCGCACGCCCACCCCCACGCCCACCCCGUGCAGGACUAUGGCGCCCAGCCGGCGCUGCCCGAGCACGCCAUGUCCAUCUACCCGGCCGCGCAGCCGCACGGCGACCAGGGAGGCGCCGGCGAGCCGCCGGGGCAACCCGUGUCGGCGACCUCCACGGUGAGCCCACGGCCGGUGCUGCCGCUUUGCUUGAGCGAGCAGACUGACGACAUCAUCCAGACAGACUGCACCCAGGUGGUCCCAGCCGAGAGUCCGGACGGGAAGCAACAACCCAAGCGUCUGCACGUCUCCAACAUCCCCUUCCGUUUUCGGGACCCUGACCUCCGGCAGCUAUUUGGGCAAUUUGGUAAAAUUUUAGAUGUGGAAAUCAUUUUCAACGAAAGAGGAUCAAAGGGAUUUGGUUUCGUAACUUUCGAGAAUAGUGCUGAUGCGGACAGGGCGCGGGAGAAAUUACAUGGCACGAUGGUAGAGGGCCGUAAAAUAGAGGUUAACAAUGCAACGGCACGAGUCAUGACAAACAAGAAAGCGGUCAACCCGUACGCCAACGGCUGGAAACUGAAUCCGGUGGUUGGAGCAGUCUACGGGCCUGAGAUAUAUGCAGUGGCGGGCUUUCCGUACCCUGCGGUGGGAGCGGUGGCCGCGUACCGGGGAGCCCACCUGCGAGGCCGGGGCCGGGCCGUCUACAACGCGCUACGCCCAGCCCCCCCACCCCCCACCAUCCCUGCAUACGGAGGUGUUGUUUACCAGGAUGGCUUUUAUGGUGCUGAUAUUUAUGGCGGUUACACUGCUUACCGGUAUGCCCAGCCGGCCGCCGCAGCCGCAGCCGCGGCCGCCUACAGCGACAGCUACGGACGAGUCUAUGCAGCCGCCGCAGACCCGUAUCACCACGCCAUUGGCCCUGCAGCCACCUAUGGAGUCAGCACUAUGUCUUUACAGGGGAGGCUACAACCGCUUCACGCCUUACUGAAUGCAAGAGAGAUGCCCUUCCAGUGAGGAGAUGGUUAAAGGCCUCCCUGCCAUCUGAGUAUUUUUUCAAGACAAGCAGUAAUGUGUUGUACCUUUGACUAUUAUUAUUUUCUUAUUCUGGGUGUCCUCAAAAUGUAUCGUGCAUCAUUAAAUAAGUAUCAUUCAGACAGCAGUUUGAACUGCGCGGUUGAAACAACGUAUUCAUUCAUUAUAUGCUCAUGGGUUGGCUUUUUUUUUUAACCGAAAAAGCUCGAGUGAUCUUCAACGGGUGCAUAAUAAUAAUAAUGAGUCGGAUUUUAAAUCAUCACCGCCGAGAUGGGUUUUUUUUGCAAAUGGACGAGACUCUUCUCAAGUUCUGGACUCGAUGUGUGCGCGCUCAUCGCAAACACCACACGGCAAGACGCGCGAAAGUUUCAGGGAGACGAGACUCGUCCGAUAAUAAUCUGAAUUCUUCCAGGCGUGCGCGUGUGUUCAUUUAUACUUGCCUCGAUCAAACUACCGUCUGAUUAUGAUUCCUUAACUAUGAACGAUACCUUUUCAACAGACACCCUGUAUUAUUAUAGAUUUUUUUUUUGUUCAUACCUCAGGAGGUUUUACUCAAACUUAAAGAAUGUUUGCUCCAUUCUUUUGUGAUUUUUUUUUUCAUUUUUUUUUGUGCGCGUGCGUGUGUGCGCGUUAACUUGAUUUUCCAAAGAUAUUGUGCAGUUUGGCUAGUUUAAGCGUUACAUGUUGUACAGUUUAGUUUUGGCGUGGCCAGGGGGAGAGUGUGUUGUCGGGGGUGAAGCCAUCCAUGAUAUGGCCUAACUGCCGAGGAAAAUAAAUCCACAACGACGAUAAUCGUUUUAAAAGCAUAUUAUAUUUAAGUCCUAAUGCUGGCAACAAUCAUGUAUACAACAAUUCAGUUUCAAGUAUUUAAGCCUGUGUAAAGCUUCGAAAUCAUUUUUCUCCCGUCAUUUUAAUUAUAUUUUUUACAUCGUUCACAAUUGUUUAUUCACACACCAAAGCUUCUUUGUCUUGUACAUAUUGUGCAGGCAGUUAACUUGUUUAUAUAUGUACUCUAACUGUAAUGUCUAGCAAAACAUCCGAGUGGCGUAGGAUUAAAUGGGGUCAAAAGAUAAAAUAAUAUCCCUAGAAUUUGCGCAAAAUCUAGUAGAUACUAGGCCGUACUCCUACACAGUGCUUUUAAAAAUGUCUAAUGUCGUAAAUUAUUCAAGCCGCUGCUGUUAUUUUUAUUUUAUUUUUUAAAUGAUAUAAUAACAGAGCCAUGGAUGAAGAGAGAAAAGAGGCGGGGGGGGGGGGGAAAUCAUCCUGUCGGAGACUUCCUUCUUCUGCAAACCUCGAUAAUAAAUAAUAACAAAAAAAAACAAUGGUUGGGAAAUAUAAAGCGUGACCUUUGUCGAGGAACUGAAAAUACGCGAGCAG